CUCUCUUUGGUCUCUUAUAUACAGGACAAGCUUUUCUAUGAUCAGCUGAAGCAUUAUGUAUUCCAGCAUGACCUGCUUGUUGAUAAUCUUUAUUACAAAGAUGUGAAACUAACAGCUACCAACGAUGAUCAGUACUUUGUCUUUGAGGACUUUCUUUAUCAGGUCCUUCUUAUCUUCUCAAGAGAUACCAGUGUCCUCAAGCACUUCGGGAAGAGCUCUGCAACACCGGCAAAAUCAUACAUUAGAGGAAUGCUAGGGGUUGAUGAGUUUGCUGUUGUGUAUCCACCGAAUGGAGUCAUCCCUUUCCAUGGAUUUGCCAUGUUUGUGGCCCCGUUAUGUUUUGUCUACGACCAGCCACCGGAUCUCUACUAUGUCUUCCGUGAAUUCUACAUGAGGCACCUGUUUCGCCUCCACACCAUAUCUUCACAUCCUCAGGGUAUCUUAUCUCUCUGUAUCCUGUUUGAGAGUUUACUACAAACCAUCCAGCCGCAACUCUUCUUUCAUCUGAAGCAAAUCAAUGCUCAGCCAUUGAAGAUUGCUUUUAAGUGGAUGAUGAGGGCAUUCUCCGGUUACUUGGCCAGCGAUCAGCUUCUUCUUCUUUGGGAUCGGAUCCUUGCCUAUGAUAGCACGGAACUCCUUGCAGUUCUCGCUGUGGCCGUCUUCUGCUUUCGGCGGACCAACUUGAUGGAAGCGUCAACCUUAGCCUCUGCUGAAGCCAUCCUUGCCGAUAUCACGACCAUCCAGAUCAUACCCUUGCUUCAAAUCGUCAUCUUUCCUUGACCUCGUAACCAUGGCGAUGGUUAGGAUGCUGUUGCGGAUUACAGAUGAAAAGGCAUGUAACAGUCUUCAAAUGGGUGUGAACCACCAUCCAUUUCCUUACAUGAGCUUGU